GGGGGAAAUACAGUCACUUCCCUCUGAGAGCGAGGCGGGAGGAUGAUGCUGGGUGGGCUACCCGCACGUGAGAGCCAGUGGCACCGAGAGGGCGCAGCGGCGGCGAAGAAGAAGGCGCGCGUGGGAGGAUCGGGCUAACUUCGUCACGGACGCUACCAACUCGCGUUCGGAGGAGGGGGGAAGCGUGUCAUCACUACCUUGCGCGCUUGGGAGAAGCUACCACUCACCUGGAGGGGGCGGUGGAGCGGAGGGCGGGCCCUACCAACGUGGGGAGAAAGGGGCGUGGACCCGCAGAAGCUACUUUACCAACCCUCGCUGAACCUUAGAGGAAAGCCGCGACUGCGCGUCCGGCGAAGGAAGCCGAGGUGCUGGGCUACCCUGGCGGCAGGGUCAGAGGUCUUGAGGGGCGGAUGGAGGUCUGGAGAGCCCUGGGCAACGCCCUGCGUGGACCGAAAUUCCUUGUGAGGACGAUGAUAAGGAGCAGGUUUUCAGUUCAUAAGUGCAAGCGCUGGUGAGGCGGGAAACCCAGGUGGGACAAGGAUUUUUGGAGGGAGGUCAUAGGGCACGAAGUUGUGCCUGCAGCUGUUACCAUAGAAACCGGGGACCGGAUGUGGCGAUCUUAGGAUGCGACAGCUCUCUCUUAUCAGGCCUUCUGGCCCGAGAGCCUUUCAACUCUAUGGCACACUAUGAGGAGCCGGCUGUGGGGUUUUUUUCAGCGAGAAGAGAAGCGAGCAACUUUCUCAAAGCAUUUAUAGAAACGCGGCAAAGAAAACGUCUGAGAUUGCCACCAUGCCUGGCAGAGACCGAGGGAGGCGGCUGAUUUGAGAACGAGCCGCACAAAUGGUCCCCGCAGCCUUCCGGAAGUGAAAUGGCGGGAGUCUCAGCCUCACUGUCCAUCGCCCCCCCCGGAAGCGGAAACGGAAUCCCAGCGUGCCCCUUCCUCACUGCCCUCCAAAUCCCGCUGCAGCCAUUGCCGCAACCACGAUGCCGAAACGAAAGAAGCAGAAUCAGCAGCAGCAGCAGCCGCAGCAACAGCCUCCACUACCAGAGCAGGAAGAGAUUGGAGACGAGGAGGAUGGGAGUCCCAUCGGACCACCCAGCCUUCUGGGCCCUCCCCCCAUGGCCAAUGGAAAGCCUGGCGACCCCAAGUCAGCUCUUCACAGAGGUCCUCCGGGAUCAAGGGGACCAAUAAUCCCACCGCUGCUGAGUCUCCCACCUCCUCCCCGGGGCAGAGGUCCAAUUCGGGGAGGCCUAGGCCCCAGGUCUGGCCCAUACGGUCGUGGUUGGUGGGGAGUCAAUGCUGAACCUCCUUUUCCUGGACCAGGCCAUGGAGGUCCCUCCAGGGGAGGCUUUCACAAAGAGCAGAGAAACCCUCGAAGGCUCAAAAGCUGGUCUCUUAUCAAGAAUACCUGCCCACCCAAGGAUGGACCCCAGGUUAUGGAAGACAAAUCCGACCGCCCUGUCUGCCGACACUUUGCCAAAAAGGGCCACUGUCGAUACGAGGACCUCUGUGCCUUCUACCACCCAGGCGUCAAUGGACCUCCUCUGUGAGAUUGUGCCUUCCCAUCCAGGCUGGAAGGAGCCCUCUGACCUAGCGGCCAUACACUUCCCUGGGGCCCUGAGAUGGCUACUGUGAGGUGGUUCCACUCACUACCCUCAGUCAGUGACGCCCACCCCCAUCGCCACCUCCCCAACUUGGGGUCCAGAGUUGUUCCAUCGCUGGUGCGCGGUGUGCACUCUUCUGAUCCCGCUUCCAGAGACUCGUCUUCAGGACCCCAUCUUCGUUCCAUUCAACUGCCUCCUGGAUCCUUUUCCCCCUCGCCGACUGACUGCGGAACAGGAAACCUCUUUGGUGCUGUUUCUUGUGCAUCUGUCUGCCCAGCCCCCGGGAUUGCCCUGGAUUCCUGAGAGCCCUGGAGCAGUUUCCUGCCAAUCCCUUCUUCUAGCUACUUGUUUGAAGUUCUUUUUACGUGACAGCCCCUACCCGCAAUGUUGUCAGCUGCUCCGUGACACUCACCAGGUCAUCUGACCUGGAGUCAAGUGUGAAUGGCUUGUCCAGAGUUACUCCCCGAGAGGCCACUCUCCCUGCUUCUGGAUUUCGUAGUUUCUGCGUCAGUAGCAUGAUCCCCACCGCUAUGGUCUGUGAUCACUGUGCUUUGUGAAACUGUGCAUCCCCCGUAGCCUUUCUCGGUGUCUGUGGCAUUUUUGUGACUUCCCAACACUAGAGUAAGUUUUUCUGCCAAAACAAGUGGGGCCGUCGGUGCCCUCUAGACUUCCCCACCUCCCAACAUGGGAGAAUUGUGAAACUUCACACAAGACUGCCUCCCUGGUCCUGCUCGUUCCUCUCCUGGUGUCGGUUUCUCUGGGUUUGACACAGGCCCGAGAGAUGUCCUCCAAAGCCUCAGAUGGGCCUACCCUGUCUCCUCUCCAGCCCGUUUUAGUUAAACUACUUCAUUGUGAGGCCACCAGCCCUUUCGUUUGAAUUCUGUGAAUCUCCACCUGGCCUACCUGUGGGUGGAACUUGGAUAGUACUGUCGCCCUCUUCCAACCUUCUUCCCCUGCAUCCCUGGCACUGGUUGUUUUCUGUGAAAACGGCAGUGAACAGGCUCAGUUUUGAACUGUCCCUGAGGAAAUGGGUCAGGAGUUGUGUGGGCAAGAGGGAGGGGUGAGAGCUGUCGGAGAACUGAGAAUGAAUUUUUUUUUAACAUUUUUUACAUUAGUAAUAAACACAGUGGAAACAAACAUUUUCUUUAA